GCACCCUUUCGGCCUUUCCCCGACCACCGUCUCGCCUCCUAUGGCCUGCGCGUCCCCACGAGGGCCGCCGCCGCCGCCAUGCCUCCCGCACACGAGCUUGCGGCGGCCGCCACCGCCGUGCCUCCCGCACACGAGCUCGCGGCCGACGCCGCCAUGCCUCCCGCACACGUGCUCGCGGCGGCGGCCGCGGCCUCCGCGCUCGGCGUAGCGCUGGGGGUGCGCAUGCUCGUCGCCCUCUCCCGCUCCCGCGCGCUCAAGCCGCUGGCCGACGCUACCUCCGCCGCCGUCGCCGCGCUCAGGACGCCGCGGGCCCUCGCCGCCGCGUCCUCCCCGGUCGCCGCCAUCUUCGCCGCCUCCAAGGCCGCAUCAAAGUCCUACAAGGCCGCACGCACGCUCGGACCCGCCGCGCGCCUCCCCAAGCUCCCCUCCGACAAGCGCCUCAAGGCCGCCUUCGCCGCCGCGUCGCUCCUCCGCCUCGCCACCGCCUCGCCGGCCAUCCCCGCGGCGUCGGCGUCCCCUGCCGCCGCCGCCGUGCUCGCGGUGCUCAAGUCGAGCUACAAGCUGUCCAAGCACACGUCCAAGAUCGUUGAGGGCUUCCUCGGCCUCCAGGUGCACAAGGGAUUCAGGAACGGGAUCGACGCGCUCGGGGUGGUCGUCAAGGUCGCUGUCAUCGCCUCCGAGGUCGCCGUCUGGGUGGGAGGGCACUUCUGGUUCUGGGGUUAUGGACGCGGUCGCUGUGUCAGGUUCCUCGGCUUCACCAGGCCGGGUAGCUUAGCCCUGCUAGCGUGUAGCAAAUCUGAGCCCCAAGUUGUACUAUUCGAUCCCGUGAUAGUUGAGAUGGACGCCGAGGGGUGCGAAUUGGAGGAGCGAGGGGCCUCAGAAUUGCUCUCCCUUGCUGUGCCCGUGCCCCAGGUGACAAAAUUAGUGAGUUAGCACACAGCUGUUGUACAUUUGCUUAUAUCAGGUUAAUUAUGCAGAGAUGAUUUUUGAUUGAGUGCUUGCAUCUUAGUCCUUGUGCGUCCGACAAGUUUGGGUGAAGAACUGUACAGUUGUGUAUUGUGUUCCGUCAGAGUUGCAGAUUUGUUCUGGUGCCUUGUCAGUUUUAGUGUCAAUUGUUUGGGAAUUUGCUCUGAUUAUAGUUUAGCUGAAAUUUAAUUUUCUAGAGCUUCACAUA